GCGUGACGUACUUCCCUGUGGGGGCGUGUCACCUCGCGGAAGUCGCUGCAAACCCCGCCCCCGGGGCGGGGUGUGGCCGCUUGAGAAGGUCAGCAUGAGAGUACCCGUCAGGUCUGCCUUGCGGUCGCUGUGGGACGCAGCGCGCCCUGUCAUUCCCUGCAUUUGGAGAGGGAAAUACUUCAGCUCUGGGAAUGUGCCGGUACAAAACAACCGGGUGACCCCGAUGCAGCGGCAUCUUAUGUACAAAAUAAAGUCUACUGGCCCCAUCACCGUGGCUGAGUAUAUGAAGGAGGUGUUGACCAACCCAGCCAAGGGAUAUUAUGUACAUCAUGACAUGCUAGGAGAAAAAGGAGAUUUCAUUACUUCACCUGAAAUAAGUCAGAUCUUUGGGGAGCUAAUAGGAAUAUGGUUCAUUAGUGAAUGGAUAGCUGCUGGAAAAAGUGCAGCUUUCCAGCUGGUGGAACUGGGCCCAGGUCGGGGUACUCUCACAGGAGAUAUUUUGAGGGUGUUCAGUCAACUUGGAUCUGUGCUGAAGAACUGUGAUAUUUCAAUACACUUGGUAGAGGUGAGCCAAAAAUUAAGUGAGAUUCAAGCACUGACACUGACUGAAGAGAAGAUCCCCUUAGAGCGAAAUGCUGAAUCCCUAGUAUAUAUGAAGGGUGUUUCUAAGUCUGGGAUUCCAAUCUCCUGGUACCGAAAUCUACAGGAUGUUCCAAAAGGGUACAGCUUUUAUCUUGCACAUGAAUUUUUUGAUGUUCUUCCUGUGCAUAAAUUUCAGAAAACACCACAAGGAUGGAGAGAAGUAUUCAUUGAUAUUGAUCCACAAAUUUCUGAUAAAUUGAGGUUUGUUUUGGCUCCUUGUUCCACCCCUGCAGAAGCCUUCAUACAACAAGAUGAAACAAGGGAUCACAUUGAAGUGUGUCCUGAUGCUGGGGUUAUUAUUCAGGAACUUUCUCAACGCAUUGCAUUAACUGGAGGUGCUGCACUGAUUGCUGAUUAUGGCCAUGAUGGAACAAAGACAGAUACCUUCAGAGGGUUUUGUGGCCACAAGCUUCAUGAUGUCUUAACUGCCCCUGGAACAGCAGACCUUACAGCUGACGUGGACUUCCGUUAUUUGCGCAAAAUGGCACAAGAAAAAGUAGCCUCUCUGGGUCCAGUAGAACAAAAAACAUUUUUAAAAAACAUGGGUAUUGAUGUUCGGUUGAAGGUUCUUUUAGAUAAAUCUGAUGACCCAUCAAUGAGACAGCAAUUACUUCAGGGAUAUGAUAUGUUAAUGAAUCCUAAGAAGAUGGGAGAAAGAUUUAACUUUUUUGCCUUGCUACCUCAUCAGAGACUUCAUGGUGGAAAUCAUCAGGUGAACGCACAGCAGACAAAACCCUCUGCAUCACCUGUAGCUGGGUUUGACGAACUUACCUGGCGGUGACAUUUCAGUUUGGACCUUUUCUAUCCCUCAGUUGGCCUAAGAAAUCAAAAUAAAGGGAAUAUAUUUUAUGUGUUGAAGAUAUUUCUCUCCAUGGAUUUGGUGGAUACAUAAAUGCAGCAUUUUGGAUUUGGUCAUUUAUAUCUUCAUCCUCAUUGAAUGGAAAUGUGCCACUGAGGCUCACAUAGACAAUGACUCCCACUGACCACAUAUCUAGAGAACGGUUGUAACCCUUACUUCUGAGAACCUCGGGGGCUAAGUAUGCCGGAGUUCCUACUACAGAUCUCCGAAAUGACUUCUCACCAAUAAUGCGUGCAAAUCCAAAGUCACACAACUUCACCUGGAAAUGGAAGGAUGAUGUUAACUUCAUAUCGAUCUAUAUGGAAGUAUAUGUAAAUGUCUCUUCCUAAAUAUGAUAAUCGUUUCAAUGCACUUACCAACGGUAUUGAUUAUGAAUACCAAACAACUGUAGAUAGGGACACUGAAAUAUUUUCUCAGAAGGCAGAUAUAUUUAUAGCUCUGUGAUACUAACAUAGUAUGAAGAGCUCCCCUAGUGCUUAUUUCAAAAAACUUUUGUAGUCUACCUUCCAGCCUGCCAACUACUAGAUUGAUGCUACAGGGCUUCAGUGUUUUGAUGAAAUGGAGGGUACUGCAUUUUCUCUUAAGGAGAUAACUUUUCUGUUAUCUGUGAGCAGGAACUGUUUCACUUCUGAGUCCUCAAUGUCUGGUCACAAAAAUACAUUCAAUAAAUGCUGACUGUGACACACACCUACAAUCCCAGAUACUUAGGAGGCUGAGGCAUGAAAGUUGCAAAUUUGAUGCUAUCUUGCGCAGCUUAGUGAGACCCUGUCUCAAAAACACAAACAAAAACAAAAAAAGGGUGAGAUCUGACAAAUCCCUUGCAAGUAAGUUACAAUAUUUAGAAAACAUUCUUUAUUCUACUUGAUCUAGAAUCUCUCUUCCUAAAGACAAUGUAUAUCAGCAAGUAAAUAAACUAAGAAGUAUUAAAGACAAAUAACUGUUAAUGUGAAUAGAAGAUGUAAUUCUGGAGAUUUCUCCAAAGAAUAAGUGUAGCAGUGUUUUACAUUACUAUAGUACAAAUUAUUGCAAGUUAGUUGUUUAAAUUUGAAAAAUAAUUGUAUGUGAAGGCAGUCAUAGUUACUACCAAGUCCUCUCAGGAAGAGUUCUGGAAGUAUAAUGACAUUGGUAGAGCUCUAAACGCUUAUCUUGCUGCCCAUCUUUUUGUAGAUUGUAGUGAUUAAUGACUCCAUCUAUGCUGAACAAGCAAAUGCCAAGUACUUUCCAGUGGAAGUGCUCUGAUUCACAAAGUGAUUCAGAAAAAGCAUUAAACUAAAUUGAGAGAAAAGGAAUUUAGUCUCUAGAAAACAGUGGUACAGACAGUGACUGGAGAACAAAGAGGUUAAGGUAUAUCAAAUGCUGCUUUCUAUUUUCUGGGAUAUGGACACUGAUGUAUGCUUUUAUGAAUGAUACUCUGUCAUUUUUUAAUUUGGCUGUUAUUGUAUUUGAAGAGUAGGAGCACAAACCCUGAAGAAAUGUCAACUCUCUCUUUUGGUUAAAUGCCAUGUUUUAGGUAAUAUCUAGAUAAAGUAAAAAUGCCUUGGCAGUUUGGCAGUUGAAUAAAGAAGUGUGGCCAUGGUUAGCAUGUGAGGAAAAAAAAAAAAAAAAAAAAUUCCCUGUUGCUCCUAAUGGGAACACUGUGGAUCACACAAGUAGAGAUCAGAAAGUUGGAGUUUUAGCCUUUAGCUUCACAAGUGUACAUCCUUUGCUUAUACUAUUAUGAAGAUUAAAUGAAAUAAUAUAUGGAAGCAAUUUAUUUAAAACAUUGCACCAAUUACUAAGGAACUCUUUUUAAUCUCACAAUGAUAGGGAAUCAAUUACUUUAACCACAUGAGCUUUAUAAAAGAACAUGCUUACUUUUUUUUAAUGUUAAAAAGCUUAUUUCAGUAAUACUAUAUGUCAACAUUUAAUCCUCAACAAAUCAGCAAACCAGUGAAAAGAAAUGGAUAUAUAUAGAGAAUUCAUUUUUCCUAGUUUCCUGCUUUAAAAGUGAAGUAGAAUGAUUUCUAAAAAUAUAUCUUUUACUUCGAAAGACAGUUUGAGUUUGCACUUAUAAAGUAAGAUAGCUAUGUGUUGUCCUUUUUCUAGCCAUCUGACUACAUUCUAGAUGUACAUAAAUGAUAGUUUGGCAACAGAUAUUUUAGUUGAUUAGAGGAAAUAUCAAUGACAAUCAUGAAAAACAAUUUUAAGUACCACCACUAAUAUGUUUUUUAGUACAGUUGUUAUAAAAUUUGAAUUAUGAUCUAUUAAGUAGGUUGUGAGAUAAAUUUAGUUGAUCAAAAUCAACAUUAAAAAAAAAGAACCUCAACUUUAUUUAAAAAAAAAAAAAAAUGGAGUAUAUCACACAUAGCCAGGACACACACACACACACACACACAAUAUUGUUAUGUGAGUAUGAGCAUCAAUGGUGAUGAGAAAUGAAAUUCUAAUGUUGGUUUUGGUGAAAAUGCUUAAAAUAUGGUAAAGAGAAAAGAGACUGGCUGCUUGUCUCAACCAAACCCUUCCCAAUUUCAGGUACCACCUCUCAGCUAUUUUUAAUUUAUGAAAAAUUCAUCCUGAGCACCAACCCUCACCAAGGUUAAUUCUCUCCAUUCCGAGCCCACAGGGACAGGUGAAAUGCAAAAAGUUUUACAAAAAGUCAUUCCUUGGGAUCUGUUAAGUCAAAAAUAUAUUAAUGAACAUAACAUAAUUAAUAAAAGAAUUCAAAUUAGUUGUUAGUUGGCAGUUAUAGACUAAAAUGUUUCUGUAAGAUGAUAUAUACCUUGAAUCCACAGCACUUAGUACAUUGACUUUUAUUAUGUGGGUACUUUGUAAAUGUCAGACACUUAAAAUGAUGUUUCAAAAGAUUAUCUCACCUGAGGAAAAGGCUCUGCUGAUGCAAGCAGCACAUUUUCUGGCUUUAAAUCACAGUGCACAAUAUUCUUAAAAUGUAGAUUCCUCAAAGCAACAAGUAUCUGUUAAUAAAGAAGAGGUUUUAUUUAAUGCCUGGAAAAUUAGCUAAACCACAAUCUGACUCUUGAAUGGUGUAAUAAUCUGAAAACUCCAGCACAAUUCCAGAUUUAGCUAAAAGUGUUAUUUUCUUUCUUGAGGUUAACAAUUCCCACAACCUCCCAAUAUUUCAAAGUACUGCUAUUUAAUGCUCUUUUUAAUUAUUCAGUUAAAUACCUGUGUGACCAUGAAUUUUGUAAUCCGUUCUGGAAGGCGACUUUUCUCACUGGAUAGAAUCAUUUCCAACAUAUCUCCGUGCAACUUUUCCAUUACCACAAAGACUCGUUCUGGUGUUUCAAACAUACAUUCCAGGUUUACAAUCCCAGGAUGGUGCAAAUUCUGAAGAGAUUAUAGGAUAUUAAAACAACUUAAUGAAUCAUUAAUGCAUUUUCUUUCUUGUUACUAUAAUCUAGAUCAAGAACUUAAUAAGAAUUUGAUAAUAAUUCCAAAAUA